CUGAGCUCGCGGGCGGCCGUUGGCGGCUCCCCGCGCCGCCCCUUCGUGCCGCCGCCGCCGAGGGAAGCCGCCGGCGACGCCGGAGCCGGGGAUCGGGGUCCAAGGCCGGGACCGAGAAGAUGAAGCCGGUGAAGAGAGCGGGCGGCCCCGGCGGCAACACCAACGGCGGCGGAAAGGGCCCCCCGGGCCCCCGGACCAAGGCCCAGAAGCGGCGAGCGGCGGGCGAGCCGGGCAGGCAGCAGGAGCCCGAGCGGCAGCAGCGACGAACGGAGGCCGCGGAAGCUGAGGAGGAGGCGGCCGCCGCGGCCGCCCAGGAGGAGGAGGAGGAGGAAGAGGAGGAGGAGGAGGAGGAGGAGGAGCAGGAAGAAGAGAAGGAGCGGAGGGGCCGCGGGGGCGCACGGGAGGAGCGGGUGCCGGAGCCGCCGCCGGCCUCCCCGGCCCUGCCCCCGGGACCCGCCGUCGCCCCGGGAGAGGCGGCCCCGGGCCCGCCGGUGGGCGCCGCCGCCAAGGGCGACGGCGGGGAGCCGGAGCCGGAGCCCGAGCCGGGCCGCUGGGAGCCGGCCCUCAGCCGCAAGACGGCCACCUUCAAGGCCCGCGCCCCCAAGAAGAAACACGUGGAAGAGCCCGGCGGGGGCAGCGGGCCCGAGGACCCCCCGGGACCCCCGGAGGAGGGCGGCCCCGGCGCCCCGCCGGCCUCGGCCCGCUCGUCCUCCACCGACACGGCCAGCGAGCACUCGGCCGACCUGGAGGAGGAGCCCCCGGAGCCCGGCGGCGGGGGCGGCGCCCCCCCGCCCGACCCGCCCCGGCCCCCCGGGCCCGCCGGCGAGGGCGAGGGCGGGGACGGGGGCGACGGCGGCCCGCGGCCCUGGCCGGCCCAGCGGGUGCUGGCCCGGCGGGACGGGCUCUUCCUGCCCGCCGUGGUGAGGCAGGUGAGGCGCAGCCAGGACCUGGGCGUCCAGUUCGCGGGGGACCGGACCCUCACGUACUUCGAGGGGGCGCUGGGGGCCGGCGGCGGCGGCGGCGGCGUGGACGUGGUCCCGGACGCCCCGCCCCCGCCGGGGAGCCUGGCCGUGGGCACGCCCGUGUGCACGUGCGUGGAGGCGGGGGCCACGGCCUACCGGGAAGGGGUGGUGGUGGAGGUGGGCGCCAAGCCGGCCGCCUACAAGGUCCGCCUGGGCCGGGGCCCCCCGGCCCCCGGCCCGCCCCCGGCCCGCGGCGAGGAGGCCGUCUGGGUGGCCCGCUCCAGCCUGCGCCUCCUGCGGGCCCCGUGGGGCCCCGCCGAGAAGAAGGCGGCCCCGGGCACCCCCCGGGGGGAGGGGGCGGCGCCCCCGGCCCGGGCCCGCACCCCGCUGACGGCCGCCCAGCAGAAGUACAAGAAGGGGGACGUGGUGUGCACGCCCAACGGCAUCCGCAAGAAGUUCAACGGCAAGCAGUGGCGGCGGCUCUGCUCGCGCGACGGCUGCAUGAAGGAGUCCCAGCGGCGCGGUUACUGCUCCCGCCACCUGUCCAUGCGCACCAAGGAGAUGGAGGGCCGGGCCGAGGGCGGGACCGCCGAGUUCGACUGGGGCGACGAGACGUCGCGGGAGAGCGAGGCGAGCAGCGUGGCCCCCCGCGGGGACUCCCGGCCCCGGCUGGUCGCGCCCGCCGACCUGUCGCGCUUCGAGUUCGACGAGUGCGAGGCGGCCGUCAUGCUGGUGUCCCUGGGCAGCUCGCGCUCGGGCACGCCCUCCUUCUCGCCCGUGUCCACCCAGUCCCCCUUCUCGCCCGCCCCGUCGCCCUCGCCCUCGCCGCUCUUCGGCUUCCGCCCGGCCAACUUCAGCCCCAUCAACGCCUCGCCGGUCAUCCAGCGCUCGACCGCCCGCAGCCGCCACCUGAGCGCCAGCACGCCCAAGGCCGGGGUGCUCACCCCGCCCGAGCUGGGCCCGCACCCGCCGCCCCCCGGCCCCCGCGAGCGCCAUUCGUCGGGCAUCCUCCCCACCUUCCAGACCAACCUGACCUUCACCGUGCCCAUGAGCCCCGGCCGGCGCAAGCCGGACCUGCUCCCCCACGCCGGGGGCCUGGGCGGGCCGGGGGGCGCCGGCGGCCACCCGGACUUCCAGAAGGGCGAGGGCCCGGACCCCGGCGCCGACUCGGUCGCCCACGCCCCCGCCCCCUCCGCGCCCGCCGGCUUCCGGGCCGUGUCGCCCGCCGGCCCGUUCCCCCGCUCCCGCCAGCCGUCCCCGCCGCUGCUGCUGCUGCCCCCGCCGGCCGGCCUGACCUCCGACCCCGGGCCCUCGGUGCGGCGCGUGCCCGCCGUGCAGCAGCGGGACUCGCCCGUCAUCGUCCGCAACCCCGACGUGCCCCUGCCCUCCAAGUUCGCCGCCGAGGCCGCCGGGGGCGAGCCCCGGGCCGGGGGCGUGUCCCCCGCCGGCCCGGCUGCCGUGGCCCAGGCGGGGCCCGCCUUCGGCCUGGCCUCCUCCCCCUUCCAGCCCGUGGCCUUCCACCCGUCGCCCACCGCCCUGCUGCCCGUCCUCGUGCCCAGCGGCUACUCCGGCCACCCCGCCCCCAAGAAGGAGGUCAUCAUGGGCCGCCCCGGGACAGCAGGAAGCGGGGGCCGCCUGGAGAGGAGGGGCACCGUGGUGUGCGCGUUGGGGGGGGGGGUCCUCUCCCCUCGAUCCGGGGGCGGUGCACCUGUGCCCCCGGUGGGCAGAGAUCCGGGCGGCUGCCAAGCCACCGCCGCCGCCGCCGCCGCCCCUGCCAGCCGCCGGCCGGUCCCCCCGCCGCCGCCGCCGCCCCAGGCGGGGCGCGGGCGCGGGCGCGCGGCGGACGGAGGGGUCGUGCUGCCCCCUCCUGGCCGCCGGGCGCAUCGCCCCUUGCGGCGCUGCCCCGGCCCGGGGGUCUCGGGGGGGCGGUCUCGGGGGUCCGGGCGUCCCGGGGUCGUAGGGCAGAGCCGGAGCCCGCCGCCCCUCAGCCCCGGGAGCCGGGAAGGCCAGCGGCACGUGGGCCCCGAGGACGGGGCCCACCGAAGGCCGCCGGUGUCGAGGGAGCCACGGGACAAGUCCCGGCCCGGGCCCGGGCCCCGGGGGGCAGCCGGGCAGGCGUCCCGCGUGCGCCCCGCCGGUCCCGCCGGUCCCCCGCCGCCCCCCAGUCCCGCCGCCCCCCAGCCCGUUCUGUUAAUGGCUCCAUUAGCGGCCGCGAGGCGCAUUAGCGGCGUCUGGCUCCCAUUACCGCCGGCGGCGGCGGCGGCGGCUGCUGCUGGAGCCGCUCGACCGCAGGCGGCUGGACUCGGGCCCGCUGCCCCCGGACCCCCCCGCCCCCCACCCCCAGGAGGGGGCUCCAGUCGGGCCGCCCUCCCCCCCCCAUCCCGGGCGCCCCCUGCAGGCGGGGCUGGCAAGUCCCCGCGGUGA